AGUGAUGUCAUUGUCUGUACAAGGAGGGGAGAGGCGUCAAACCCAAUGUGAUAACUGACUGGAGCACAACCUGUUCCCAUUCAUCCUCUCAAGAAAUCACAACUUUGAAAUGCAGCUUAGCUACAGAGACCUAGUGGUGCUGGUGGCCUCUCUAUUACUCUAUGGAUUCAGCCUCUCCUCAGCCUCUGAAGUGGGUCUGAGUGGAAAAUCAUUGAUUUUCCCAUAUGAGACGGACUACAGCUAUGUCAGACUGACGCCGCAAAAACCCCUAGAACUAAAUGCUUUCACGUUAUGCAUGCGGCUGGCCACGGAGCUACAGGAGGACCGACAGAUCAUCCUCUUUGCCUACCGCACCGGGGACUUUGACGAGCUAAAUGUGUGGCGCGAGAAGGACGGACGCCUUUCUUUCUACCUGAGUGGAGACGGGGUAAACUUCAACCUCCCUGCACUCACCACCUUUAAGACAAGUUUGUGCCUUACGUGGGAAUCUAAAACGGGUCUCUCUGCCUUUUGGAUGAACGGAAUACGGAGCGCGAGACAAGUUUAUAAGGCCGGACAUACUAUUCGCGGCAAAGGAACCGUCCUUCUUGGCCAGGACCCCGACAGAUAUCUAGGGGAUUACGAAGCCGUUCAGAGUUUUGUCGGUGAAAUUUCAGAUGUUAAUAUGUGGGACUUCGUUCUCACUGAAAGCCAGAUAAAGGCAGUGCAUUCUGGUGAACGUGUCCCCAAAGGCAAUAUUUUUGACUGGAAUACAAUAGCGUACCAUAUUAAUGGCAAUGUUUUAAUCGUACCUGAUUAAAUAAUAAAUAACCUAAUUAUGAAUAACCCCCACCUUUUUUUUUACGAAUAGUUUUUUAUAGUUUCAAAUUGAUGUGACAGAAUUUAUUAAAAUUAAAAUGGCAAUUGCAAUAAUAAUAAUAAUAAUAAUAAUAAUAAUAAUAAUAAUAAUAAUAAUAAUAAUAAGAGGUACUGCUAGAAAUUUAAUGCAAUAUCUUUUAAUCUAAGUAAGGUAAGAUAUAAUGUAAUAUACAAUGAUCAAAGUGUUUCAAAAUGUACAUCAAAAUUCUGUCUGGUGUAAGAUUAUACUAGGUUAAUCACAAUUAAUCGUGUCCAUCCAGCAAUUUCAAUAUUAUACAUACAUAUACAUAAUAUUGAGAUACUUAAAUAAUGGCUAUAAAGCAUUAAGCAGUGAUAAAAAGAACAUUUAAUGAAAAGGUGUAUUUGUAAUAACAGACCAUUACUUCCUCAUUUGGAAAAAAUAAGAUUUUUCAAUGAACAGGGGAGCUCCAGAAUAAAGUAUGGAGUGAAGAUAAAAAAGGAAAAAGGAGCACAAUGACAAGUAUGAGAAAGGUAUGAAGAUGGAGAAUUCAACUGAAAAGAGAAGCCAAGUUGAGCAGCAGAAUUGGCUCUAAAUGGGUUGAAAAGCAAUGGAGGAAGGCCAAGAAAAGGGUGGUUCUACUUGAGGAAACAAAGCUGCAAAUCAACACUGCUUGGACUAGGACUCUCUCUUAGGACGGUAUUAAUCCUAAAUGUUGCAUGAGAAGAAAACAAACAUGUCAAAGAAGGAAUAUUUUGAAAGAAGGGUAGGGAGGAGAAGUGAAAGAGGAAAGUGAAAAGCAUAGGGAUGUGACUGGAAGGUUAUAUGUUUAAACUCAAGGCUCUGUACACAUUAGGUACCUGUUUUAUUAAUCACAUAUAUUAACCCAUUUCAAUAAUGUUCAUUUGCAAGUUACAUUGUAAAUAACAAAUAACUUGGAACGCAAUUUAUUGUUUUGUGUUCAUAUGGCAAAUUGAAUUGAAUAAAUUGAAUAAAGAAGCCACUCUACAA